CAGGGGCAAAACACUAGGCAGAAUUGAGAUUUACAGCUCUCAUUUUAUUUCAAACAGAACUUUACACGCAAAGAUGCAUGGCAAGAGUGUGAUCCUCCGCACCUCCGGGACGCUGUCUGCAGCUGAACUGGCCUGCCAGGUGUCUGAGAAGAAUGAGGCCCGGAAGGAAUCAUUCAAUGCUGAAUGGAAAGACCUGUCACUCACGUCAAGGGCUGAAGAAGGCUGCUCUCACUCUGAGGUCGACAAUCAGCACAAAGAAACCUACCACCAACAACAGGAGGCUUGGGCCAUAGUUCAGCGAUCACCAUGGGGCAUCCUCCGUCUAGGUCUGCUUGGUGAGCCUCUGAUCUCUUAUCAUCUGCCUUAUCAGCGAGCUCUGCCUUUGCCUAUCUUCACACCAGUCAAGCUAAGCACCAAGGCUGAACGGGAGCUGACACCUACUCCAUCAGAGUCAGUGGAGUCUCUGCCAGUCACAGGUGUCUGCCCUGACAAGAAACCUGUGUUUGAGAUCACCAAAGAAUUGCCCCUUGUUGUCCAGCCCACCUGUCCCGACUUCAAAAAAGCUGGCCUGCAUCGCUCACUGUCCCGUUCUAUGUCUCAGGAGGCCCAGAGAGGCUGAGGCAACUCAACAACUCUCCUAUUUGGAACUGGCUUGGGCCAAUGUGCCUAUUGCUGCAUGAGGACAAUCUGAAGAGGCCCAGAUAUGUAGAAAAGACUUUGUAGGAUUGAACUUUGAAUGGCCUUCUUUCUCCGGGGGUGGGGGUGGGGAGGCGAGGAUGUGAGAUGUCUUUGUUUGUGUAUAUAUAAUUAGAUAUAUAAUGUUACAUAUUUCUAUGACUAGUGUUUAUUUUUCUGCAUUGUUCUUUCUUUCUUCUUUUGUUUAAUGUUACCUCCCUUGAGAAGUAAGGAAAGUCCACGUGAGUAAAGGAAAAAAGGAAAGCAGUCCUUCCUUAUGCAAGGUGAUUGACACAAUUACAGUGAGAAAUGAAUUUGCAGAUAAAAUGGCUGAUCAAAAUGAUAAGAACUGCAGUUUCUGGGUUUUAGCAAGUGAGAGUUAUGCUUGAGUUAUUCUUGAGUUUAGGAAAAUAGUGCUUAAUGGUGUAGCUAGUGAAAGAAUUUGGAGGAAAUUGUUGGCCUUCUUGGUCCUGUUCCAGGAGGGAACUUUGGAUAGGAGCUACCUUCUAGGAUCCUAUUCUGAUAUUCCCUCCCUAGUUGUGUGAUUUAGGAUAGGAGACGCCCACAUAUGUUGGUGAACAUACGCUGUGAAAGAUGGAGAGUAAGUACACCUUGGGAAAGUGAUGAAUGAAGGUUGAAUUAAGUAGUUUAGAGAAAAGGUAGGAAAUGGAUUUAAUUUAUAAAGAACAGAUUUGGUCUUUCACCUCCUUCUCCCUUCCAUGUACAAGCAGUUAAGGAAGAAGAAAGAUUCCACUGUGAAUUUUUCCUAGUGCCUUCUAUUUCUUGUCUUGUUUUCUUUUAAAUAAAAUGAUACAUGGAUUUAUCUUGAUUGUAUUCUAAAGGA